CUGGAGCACGUGACUUUGUUCCGGCUAGCCAAAGAUGGCGGCGCCCAGAGUUGUAGCGUGAGAGUUGUUGUGGGAGUCGGUGUCCAUUCGCGCUGGAAUCAAAAUACUGGGAGAGCGUGCGCCAUGUCCCGACUAAUCGUGAAGAACCUCCCGAAUGGGAUGAAGGAGGAGCGUUUCCGGCAACUGUUCACCGCCUUUGGUACGCUGACAGACUGCAGCCUCAAGUUCACCAAAGAUGGCAAGUUCCGAAAGUUUGGCUUCAUCGGCUUCAAGUCUGAGGAAGAGGCCCAAACGGCACUGAACCAUUUCAAUAAGAGUUUCAUCGACACGUCCAGGAUCACGGUGGAGUUCUGCAAGUCGUUCGGGGACCCAACGAAGCCUCAAGCCUGGAGCAAGCAUGCCCAGAAACCAAGCCAGUCCAAGCCACCUCCCAAAGACAAAGACUCCGUCCCCCCAGAAGCCAAGAAAGACAACAGAAAGAAGAAGGUAGCAGGUGAACUGGAGAAGCUGAAGGAAGAUGACGAGUUCCAGGAGUUCCUGUCGGUUCACCAGAAGCGGACGCAGGUGGCCACCUGGGCCAACGAUGCCCUGGACGCUGAGCCUUCGAAGGGGAAGAGCAAGCCGGCCGAUGACUACCUGAACUUCGACUCCGACUCAGGGCAGGAGAGUGAGGAGGAAGGAACCAGAGAGGACCCGGAAGAGGAGGCCGAUGGCCUUGAACGCAAGGCAGCUGCACAGAAAGAGCUGUCAGACAUGGAUUACCUGAGAUCCAAGGUGGUGGCUGCGGAGUCCUCGGAGGAGGAGGAGAGUGAAGAUGAAGCUGUGAACUUCGAAGAAGGGAGCGAGGCUGAGGAAGAGGGUUCCUGCACCGCUCCCACCCAGCAGGACAGGGAGGCGGCCCCAGCAGAGACAGAGAAACCAGCCCACCAGAGGGAACCCACCACUCCCCACACCGUGAAGCUGCGGGGAGCCCCGUUCAACGUCACAGAGAAAAAUGUCAUGGAAUUUCUGGCACCCCUGAAACCGGUGGCCAUUCGAAUAGUGCGAAAUGCUCAUGGGAACAAAACGGGGUAUGUCUUUGUGGAUUUCAGCAGCGAAGAGGAAGUGAAGAAAGCUCUGCAGUGCAACAGGGAGUACAUGGGUGGACGCUACAUCGAGGUGUUCAGGGAAAAGAGCAUCCCCACGGCCAAGGCGCCCCUGAAGAACAGCACCAAAGCCUGGCAGGGUCGGACACUCGGGGAGCACGAGGAGGAGGAGGACCUGGCUGACUCUGGGAGGCUCUUUGUGCGAAACCUGCCCUACACCAGCUCCGAGGAGGACCUUGAGAAGCUCUUUUCCAAAUACGGUCCCCUGUCUGAGCUGCAUUACCCCAUCGACAGCCUGACCAAGAAGCCCAAGGGCUUUGCCUUCGUCACCUUCAUGUUCCCGGAGCAUGCUGUCAAGGCCUACGCGGAGGUGGAUGGGCAGGUGUUCCAGGGCAGGAUGCUCCACGUGCUUCCAUCCACCAUUAAGAAGGAAGCCAGCGAGGACACUGACACCCCAGGAUCAUCAUCCUAUAAGAAGAAGAAGGAGUCGAAAGACAAAGCCAGCAGCUCCAGCUCUCACAACUGGAACACUCUGUUCAUGGGACCGAAUGCAGUGGCCGAUGCCAUCGCCCAGAAGUACAACUCCACCAAGAGUCAAGUGUUUGACCACGAGACCAAGGGCAGCGUGGCUGUGCGCGUGGCCCUGGGGGAGACCCAACUGGUCCAGGAAGUGCGGCGCUUCCUCCUUGACAACGGGGUCAGCCUGGACUCCUUCAGCCAGGCCGCUGCAGAGCGAAGUAAGACUGUGAUCCUGGCAAAGAACCUCCCAGCAGGCACCCAGGCAGCCGAGCUGCAGGAGACCUUUGGCCGCUUCGGCAGCCUUGGCCGCGUGCUGCUGCCGGAAGGCGGUGUCACUGCCAUCGUGGAGUUCCUGGAGGCGCUAGAGGCCCGCAAAGCCUUCCGACACCUGGCCUAUUCCAAGUUCCACCAUGUCCCCCUGUAUCUGGAGUGGGCCCCGAUGGGUGUCUUUUCCAGCCCAGCCCCGCAGAAGAAAGAACCCCAAGACACACCGGCAGAACUGACGGAAAAGGACAAGAUGGAGCCAGAAACAGAUGGCGAGACUCCAGAAGGUGAAAAGCCAACAGAGGGAGGAGCAGAUGCCGCUUCAGCAGAGGUAGAAGAGGAGGAGGAAGAAGAGGAGGAGGAGGAAGAGAGCCUUCCUGGGUGCACCCUGUUUAUCAAAAAUCUCAACUUCAGCACCACGGAGGAGACGCUGAAGGGAGUGUUUUCCAAAGCGGGUGCGGUGAAGAGCUGCUCCAUUUCCAAGAAGAAGAACAAAGCAGGAGCACUGCUGUCCAUGGGGUUUGGAUUUGUGGAGUAUAGGAAGCCAGAGCAGGCCCAGAAAGCUCUCAAGCAGCUCCAGGGUCACGUCGUGGACGGCCACAAGCUGGAAGUGAGGAUCUCAGAACGAGCCACCAAGCCAGCCCCAACAGCCGCUCGGAAGAAGCAAGUAGCCAGAAAGCAGACCACGUCCAAGAUCCUGGUGCGGAACAUCCCCUUCCAGGCCAACAGCCGCGAGAUCCGCGAGCUCUUCAGCACCUUUGGGGAGCUGAAGACCGUCCGCCUGCCGAAGAAGAUGACUGGGACAGGCACGCACAGAGGGUUCGGCUUCGUCGACUUCUUCACCAAGCAGGACGCGAAGAGAGCCUUCAAUGCCCUGUGUCACAGCACCCACUUAUAUGGCAGGAGGCUGGUCCUGGAGUGGGCCGACUCCGAGGUGACCCUGCAAGCCCUGCGGCGGAAGACGGCCGAGCACUUCCACGAGCCCCCGAAGAAAAAGCGGUCUGUGGUGUUGGACGAGAUCCUGGAGCAGCUGGAAGACAGUGAGAACGAUGGCGAGGAGCAGACUCUUCAGCUGUGAGCUGGCACCAGGAGGGGUUACUAAGCUGGAGUUCCCACCUCCGUCUGUCCAAGGACGACUCGCAGCCUGGGACUUGACCUCUGACCUGCCGCAUCCUCGCCCCUGAGGGCUGUGAGCCCUUAGUCACCAGAGCGCCUUGUGUCCAUGGUGACCGUGGGGCCACUCACAAAGCCCCAACUCCAAGCCCAGCUGCCAGGUUCAUUGGUUGAGCUCAGCUGUGUUGCUAACGGUGAAUGCCUUUGGCUCACGGACUGGGGACCCAAUGAAAUGCCAUCAGGUCCCCAGCCCUGGCAAGCAGCACCCCAAGGCUCAUCCCGGAUUUGGGGGCACCCACGGGCCCACACCUACUCCUGCCUGGAGGUUCGUGCCCAGCACACGCCAGGAUGGGGACAGUGGAGAGAAAAGGGCUGUGGCCCGUGUGCCCUGGGACCAGCUGGGGCCACUCUGAGCCCCAGCUUCUCUCUCUGUAAGGUGAGGGAUCUCGUGCCUACCUCAGACAUGGUGCUUGGACUCCAUCAUCAAUCCAAGUAAAGCCAGAACAAGUGCUCA